GUGGUGCAAAAGGAAGCCAAGGUCAAGCAAGCGAAGAAGAAAAAGAAGGAAGCAAACAGCUGUUUCUGCAGGUUGACACGUUUUGUCUACUUUUUCAAACUCUUUCAGUGUUUCGUGGAUUUAUUCAUUUAUGCAAAAUGUCGGAGGACCUGCGGGCAGAACUACAGAAACAUUUGGAAGCUUUAAACAUCCAGACGAGCUGCGUGGAUCAUCCACCGGUGUAUACAGUGGAGGAGAUGAUGCCGCACCUUCAGGACGUCGAUGGCGUGGUCACCAAGAAUCUUUUCCUGAAGGACAAGAAGAAGAAAAGUUUGUGGCUGGUGUCUGCACGCCAUGACCGCCAGGUCAACCUCAACGACCUGGCCAAGAAGCUCGGCGUGGGCAGCGGAAACCUUCGCUUCGCAGACGAGGCCAUCAUGUUGGACAAACUCAAGGUGGGUCAGGGCUGUGCCACGGCUCUGGCUCUGCUCUUCGACAAGGACCAGAGCGUCAGGCUGGUCCUGGACCAGGACCUGCUGGAAGGAGGACACCACAUGGUCUUCUUCCACCCCAUGACCAACAGCGCCACCAUGGGGCUGCGGCCGCAAGACCUGCUGCGCUUCCUCAAAGAGACGGGUCACGACCCCGUCUUGGAGAACUUUGAAUAGCGGGAGAGGGAGGAGAUGGUUCUGGUUCUGGUUCUGGACACAGGAGCAAUAGCAGCAUCAAAGUCCACAAACAAGCUGACAGCAGGACAGAAAACAUUUCACUUUUAGCUGUUUUGUUUCUGCUUUUUUAUUGGAAUAAUUCAGAAAUCUUAUGAUAAAAUACUGUAUUUUGUUUCCUUCUGGGAACUGUUGUGUCUGACCAGUCUUCCUCUUAGGGAAUUAAAGUCACUGGUCAAUCCCAA